GUACUAAGCCGUGGAGCCGCGGAGUCCUGGUGCUAUGCAAAGUUAUGGCACUGGGAGUUGGCCCACAGUCGGCAGCAGUGUCAGUUGCCAUUCACGCUUGGGACUAACCGGUUUGGCCGGCAGCUACGCAAAAAAGCGAACCAAUCCAAACGGAUUCGAGCCAAAACGAACCGAACCGAACCCAACUGGCUGGCGAGUAACGAUGGGCAACAAAGUUGUGACAUUUACGGAGCAGGAAUUGGAUGACUACCAGGUGAGCGAUCAAUCAGAUGAAGCUCACUUCCGCACAGCUAAUUUCUCUUCAUGCAUUGCUGGUCCGCAAAUCGGAAAGGAUUGCACGUUCUUCACGCGCAAGGAGAUCCUGCGGGUUCACAAGCGAUUCCGUGAGCUGCGGCCGGAUCUGGUGCCUCGCCAGAUGACCGAAGGUCAGGCCUCGAGUGUUAAGGUGCCCUGCGAAUGCAUUGAGAAGAUGCCCGAGUUGCGUGAGAAUCCCUUUCGCCGGCGAAUAUGCGAGGCCUUCUCACGCGAUGGCCAGGGCAAUUUAUCCUUUGAGGACUUUCUGGACGCCCUCUCCGUUUUCAGCGAGCAGGCGCCGAGGGACAUUAAAGUUUUCUACGCUUUCAAAAUUUAUGAUUUCGAUCAGGACGGCUUCAUCGGGCACGCCGACCUCAUGUCCUGCCUGACAACAAUGACCAAGAACGAGCUGAGUCCGGAGGAGCACCAGCAGAUUGCCGACAAGGUAAUCGAGGAGGCCGACGUCGAUGGCGAUGGCAAGUUAUCAAUUUUGGAGUUCGAGCACGUUAUACUCCGGGCGCCCGACUUCCUCUCCACCUUUCACAUCAGAAUAUGAAACCGUCUUUCGCCAGCGGUGUACUGAGAGAAACUAUUCUCUAGUGUUUAAUAAAAUAUAAAUAUAUCAACGGAAUCUUCACUAUUUUCGUUGCUUGUCUCAACUGCACCAUAAAGCUAUUCAAUUUAGUUAUGAGUUCUGUAGUGUAAAGUAUUAUAAUAAAAUUACCCAGUUAUUGAUAUCCAAUGUGCAUCCAUA